CCACUCAUUCACCACCUCUUAGUUUGAUCCUAAUACAGAUCAGAAAAACAACACACACAACACAUUAACAUGAGUACAAGAUAAGACAUCACAAAACCAAAAGAUCCACACACAUCACCCUCUCUUUCUCUCUCUGCUGUAUUCUGCAGAACUUGCAACAAUGUCUUGCUCCAAUGUCACCAUGUUAGUCUCCUCCAAACCUUCAUUACCUGAUGCUUCCAACCUCUCCUUCCGUUCUGCUCUCAACCCUUUUCAGCUUCCUUCACAAAACUCAUCAUCUUCAUGCACCCCUUCAAGGCCCACCUCAAUCCAGUGUAGUCUCAGAGAUCUCCGAAACCGUAUCGAUUCCGUCAAAAACACUCAGAAGAUCACCGAGGCAAUGAAGCUUGUCGCUGCUGCUAAAGUCAGAAGAGCUCAAGAAGCUGUGGUGAAUGGCAGACCUUUCUCAGAGACACUUGUUGAGGUUCUUUACAGCAUCAAUGAACAGCUUCAAACCGACGAUAUCGAAGCCCCUCUAACUAAGCUUAGACCGGUGAAGAAAGUUGCUCUCGUCGUUUGCACGGGUGAUCGAGGUCUCUGUGGUGGAUUCAACAAUGCAGUAAUUAAAAAAGCUGAAGCUAGAAUUGCUGAGUUGAAAGAUCUUGGUCUUGAGUACACUGUCAUCAGUGUUGGUAAAAAGGGUAACUCUUAUUUCCUUCGUAGACCUUAUAUACCUGUUGAUAGGUUUCUCGAAGGUGGAUCACUUCCUACUGCUAAAGAAGCACAGACCAUUGCUGAUGAUGUUUUCUCACUUUUUGUUAGUGAAGAAGUUGAUAAAGUUGAACUUUUGUACACUAAGUUUGUGUCACUAGUGAAAUCUGAUCCUAUAAUUCACACUUUGCUUCCACUCUCACCAAAAGGUGAAAUCUGUGAUAUCAAUGGAAACUGUGUUGAUGCUGCCGAGGAUGAGCUUUUCAGGUUGACAACAAAAGAAGGAAAGUUAACCGUUGAAAGAGAUGCUAUUCGUUCUAAGACGCUUGAUUUUUCGCCAAUUUUGCAGUUUGAGCAGGAUCCUGUUCAGAUUCUCGAUGCACUUUUGCCGCUUUAUCUCAACAGUCAAAUCUUGAGGGCGCUGCAGGAAUCACUUGCCAGUGAGUUAGCUGCUAGAAUGACUGCUAUGAGUAGUGCUUAUGAUAAUGCGGUUGAGUUGAAGAAGGAUUUGUCAAUGGUUUACAAUAGGCAACGUCAAGCGAAGAUCACUGGUGAAAUUCUCGAAAUUGUUGCUGGAGCCGAUGCUUUGACAUAGAGUGUAUUAUAUGGUAAUUAUAAUGAAAAUUUCCCUCUCAUUUUAUAUAUGCUUGUAUAAGACUGCUAUGCUAUGCAUGCAAUUGUUGCAAUUUUAUUGUCUUUUCUUAAUGUGCAAACUUUGUGCACUAAGGAAACUGCAAUUUAAUCUGAAAAAGACUCACUUUUUGUUCA